GAAGUGAAUUCUCCCUCGCAUUCGCCAGCACCUCUGCGAGCUGCCCUUGGCCCAUUGCCAGCCGCGAUCAGCGCAGGUUUCUUCUGCUGUCUGUGGCGCGCUGAAUGCCUCUUCUGCGAAACCAAGCGUGCUCGUUGUUCGCGUGGCUGCGAGCAGCCGCCGGGUUCGGUUCGGAUCCCAAAUCCGGCUCAUAAAAGCAAGAAAACAAACUGACCCGAUGGCGCGGCUCCGGUCUUAUCUUGGAUCUCGCCGUUUUCUCUCAGAAGCUUCGCAUCUCGCCGUCUCGCGUUCUUCGUUCUGGAAAUGCUACACCCCUUAUAUCAUGAUCCUUCUGGCUGUCUUGAGCGGCAUAGCAUUUCCACUUUCACUCCUGCCCGUCACAGCAACGUCCACCCCGCAGUCAAUUCAGCCGGCUAGCCGGCCAGCUCCCAGCAUCUGCCUGGCCGUUGACGGCGUGAGCGCAGCGGACUUGACCCGAGAUUGGGAGGGAUCAGGCGACUUCAGCGAGGCGGGAAAGCAGCAGCAGCGGGAGAAAUGGCUGCGACAACAGGAAUUUCUGAAGACCCUUGUCAGCAGCGGUGCUGCUGCUGGUUGUCCUAAAAAUGACACCAGCAGUGGCAGUGGCAGCACUAGCACCAGAGGGGCUUCUGGCAGUGACAGCGCAAGCCAGAGCGUCGCACACGGCUUGAACGAGACGACGACUUUCGGCGACGUCGGCGACCAAUGGUGGUGCAGCGGCGACGAGUUCAACGAGUUCAUAUCGUAUCUUGUCGCACACGGCGCAAAGGAGCUCUCGGGUCCUUCCAGGAAGGUGCAGGUCACAUGGGGGGAGGAUUCAGGGGAACGGGGGGAGGAGGAGCGGGGGAUUCGCGCAGCGCGGGAUCUGGACCGAGGGGAGGUGAUCGCGACCGUCCAUUACUCAUCUGCGCUGGUGCAGGGCGAGGACGACCCCCUGCCGUACCCGGGGGCGCCGUGGACUGUGCACCUGGCGGCUAAGCUGCUACGGGAAUACAGCAAGGGCAGCGCAGGCAAGGCUUGGCCGUACCUGCGGUGCUUGCCUCGGUGGGCGGGUCUGCCGUGGCUGGGACUGAGGGAGGGUGCGGACUGGGAGAGCGAGAUACAGCACGCGGGCACGGUGGGGCGAAUGAGGGAGAUGCUGGAGGAAGCUCGGAUGCAGUGGCAGAUGUGCCGGCAGGAGGAGCAGGAGAGGGAGAAAGAGAGGACUGAGAAGCCUGAUCUCGGCGCUGCUGCUGCUGGUGACGCUGGUGGUGUGGGAGAGGGGGAGUGUCAGUGGGAGGGUGGCAUAGCGCAUGCGACAUGGCCGGAAUUCGCUUGGGCGCUGACCAUGGUGUUCACACACGCGUACUCGCUGCCCCGACUGGACGGCACCGACUUCCUCAUGCGAAUGUUUCUCCCUGUGGCCGACCUGCUCAACCACGACCCUCGCAAGGCGAACGUGGACUGGUACUCAGCCGGGCUGCACGAGGACCGGCUGGAGCUGGUGGCUCUGAAUCCCAUCAUGCAGGGCGACGCCCUGGUGGCGGACUACGGGCAGUACAGCAGCGACCACUUCCUGCUCACCUACGGCUUCGUGCCGGGGGACAAUGUGGCCGACCGGGCGGACGUAUUCCAAGAUAUGACGCAGGCUGUUGCCUGGUACCUGGAGAGGUACUACCAAACGCGCUCAGGCACCAUGCACUCGUUCCCCCCCACAGACGACGAGUUUCAGGAGUAUGUCCAGGUGGCGCUGGAAGGUGCUGAGGUGGAGCAUGACAGAGUAGCCCCGGAUGAAUCAGGAAAGGGCGAUAAAGACGCGCACGGGGAGGGUAAGGAAGGGGGAGAGGAAGGGGAGGGGGAUGAGGAGGCGGACGACGCGGCAGGAGCAGCAGGGCACGACACGCCUCUGUAUGUGUAUCGGGAUGCGCGGGUGGAUGCAAGGUUGCUGGGGGCGUUUGCAGCAGUGCAGCGGUGGCUGGAGGGGGUGGACUGGGAGGAUACGGAGGAGGAGUGGGUCAUGGAUGUCGAUAAUGCACUGGUCGCCGUGGGCAGGAGAUGCCGGGAGUUGCUUGACGGGUUUCCGACGUCUCUAGCGAGGGACCGAGGGGUGCUGUGGCAGCAUUUGCGGUGCUCUCAGCAGCAGCAGCAGCAGAUCAGGCAGGGGGAGGGGGUGCAGGGGACGAGUGGGGGGGAGAGGAGUGUGCAGGGGGAGGAAGGGGGGUCUGAUAAGGGGGUGGACGCUUCGCCAUCUUGUUCCACUGCCCCUUCCUCCUCCUCCUCUUCUGCAUCCUCCUCGCACAUCUCUUCAUCCAUGUCAUGCUCUGCUGAGGACUCAGCAGCAUGGAGAGGGGAAUGUGACCCAUCCAGGCUGUUAUCCCCCAUACAAGCCGUGGCGGUGCGGUUCAGAAUAAGUGUGAAGGAGAUGCUGGAAGCUGUGGCUGAUUCUGCGCCAAAGGCUUUCGAGGAGAGGCAGAGGGUGAGACCGGCACUGGAAGGGGAGGAGGAAGGUGCUGCUGAGGCUUGAGAGAGCCUGUCUGUUUCUUGUGCGAAGCUGGUACUGGUAGGUGCUGCUGGCAUGUGUCUGUUAGGAGAGAACCUCAGAGCAGUCCUUCUGUGAGAAAGAACCCAACCAGGCUUCAAGGUACCACCAGUAUUGAUCCCUCCCGGCCCCUUGUCUCUUGCUUUCCAGCUCCAAUCCAUACACCUCAUGAUGUCCCCCUUGCUGGCCUUGCCUUAUUGAUGGCAUAGAUUAUCUCAUGCUUCUAGCUCACGUUUUGAAAGGCCUGAUGGCAAGCACUUGCCAUGCUGCAGUACUGGUAGUUCAGGUGGAGUGGAGCACGAACAUGUGGAUGGAUUAACGUGGUGCAGCAGAGUGGAGAUUCUCACUAGAUACCUGCCCAUUGCACGAGUCGACUUGGGCUGCUGUUUGUACAAUGUCAUAGGUAGGUUCGUAACACAAGAUUUCAGACAAGCCCUCCUGAAAAUUGUUGAAACCCCCUGUUC